GAAGUUUGGGACGGUUUAUCAGAACGCCUGCAGAACGAUUGGAUGGUGGCUGGUGUUUAUUUGGGCCUCGCUGGUUUAGUGAGCGCUCCUUUUCGCGUGUUUACAGGACUUUAGGUGUUUAAAGAGUGUGAUAAAUAUGUUGUACAGGCGGUAGAGUAUAGCUAGCCGCUCUGUUUAUGUUCUAUUUAGCGUUAAUAUACACAAACCGUGCUGGGAGGGAGUGUAUCUAUGUUAGCUAGGUUAGCUUGCUAGCUAGCGUUAGCUAUGUUGUUAGCAGGCUAGCUAGCUAAGCGUGUUAUUUUUGGUGUCGUUUUAAUACUUUCUAACCCAAGUCUAACUAGUACCUGUUAGUUAUUUGCGUUGUUUGCUUUAGUGUCGGGUCUUUAAACAGGUUUGUUUACGCAUAGGUUAGCUAAUUAACACAGUUAGAUAACCUAGCUAAUUAGGUUAUCUAGCUAACUAACUAAUACUCUCAGAUAUGGGCUCAUCUAAGAAACACAAGGAGAAGGAUAAGGAGCGGGACGCAGAGGACCGACACCGAGAACACAAGAAACACAGACAUAAGGACAGAGAACGGGACAAGGAGAGAGAUGGAACUCGAGAAAAGGAGGAGAAGAAAAGGAAAAGGUCCCGCUCCAGAGAGAGAAGCAGCCGGGGAGAGAAGGAGAGCCGCAGUAAAGGAGAGAAGAGCAGUGGAGAGACUCGUGUAAAGAAGGAGAAACUUGAUCCAGCUUUUGAAGAGGCUGAAGAUAUGGCUCCAAAGUCUGCGGGUGGAGAUGCUUCACUCAGCAUUGAAGAGACCAAUAAAUUGAGGGCCAAACUUGGUCUGAAGCCUCUUGAGCUAAAUGAGAAUAAAAAAGAACUGGGCACAAAAGAAGAGCCCCUGCUAGCUGAGACUAUCAACCCUGUACAGAUCAAACAGCAGGCAGAGAUUAGGGAGAAACUGGCUGCACUCAAACAGAAGCGUCUGCUUAAUCAGAAACUUGGCAAGGUUAAGACACUUGGAGAGGAUGAACCUUGGUUGGAUGAUACUGCUGCCUGGGUGGAAAGAAGUCGCAAACAGGCUAAGGAAAAGGAGUUGGCAGAAAAGAGAGCCAAACUUCUUGAAGAAAUGGAUGAAGAGUUUGGUGUGAGUAACCUUGUGGAACAGGAGUUCGCUCAGACUAAGAAGGACGCUUACAGUUCUAGAGACCUUAAAGGUCUCUCAGUACAGCACAAAAUGGAAUCCUUUAAAGAGGGGGAGACUGUAAUUUUGACACUGCAAGACAAAGGUGUUUUGGAUGAAAAUGAAGAUGUGCUGGUGAAUGUGGGUCUGGUGGACAAAGAGAAAGCUGAGAAGAAUGUGGAGCUUAAGAAAAAGAAGCCUGAGUACAAACCUUAUGACGAAGAGGAGAGCGUGGAUGACAUGGUCACGUUCAAGCCGAAGUCCGUUCUGUCAAAGUAUGAUGAAGAGAUUGAUGGAGAGAAGAAGAAGAGUUUCCGUCUGAGUUCUGGAGGCUUUGUCGGUGGGGAGAGAGAGCGCGAGUUACAGGCCAUCAGGGAGAGCCUGCAUAACCAGGCACAAUCUCUGGAAAUGCCAGCUCUCACCCUGGCCUCGGAGUACUACACCCCACAAGAAAUGGUUGGCUUCAAGAAGACCAAACGUCGGGUGAAAAAGAUCAGGAAGAAGGAGAAAGUUGCCAGGGCGGAUGAACUCCUUGCAGAUGACACUCGCAACACAGAUUUUGGCUCCAGGUCACGAGGACGAGGAAGGAGACAAUUGAAGGAAGAUGAAGAUGAGGAAGACUUUCCUAAAGACGAAGGCAGCAGCAGUAAAGUUGUUGAUGUUAUACAGCAGUCGGAUGACAUUCGAAUGGCUGACAUGGAUAUUAGUGAUGAAGACGACUUUGUUGUUCCGGAGUCUGAAGCCAUUGAAGAGGAUGAAGCAGAGCAGGAACUUCAGAAACAGCUGGAGAAACAGAGGAAGCUUAAACAGAAACAGCUGCUGAAAGAUUCAGGAGAAAAGGUGGUUCAGCAUUUUAGAGAACCUGGAAAUACAAACGAUGAAGAAGAAGACCCUGACAGGAAGAACAACAUUGUUUUCAAUGCCACCUCUGAGUUUUGCCGCACACUGGGAGACAUCCCCACCUAUGGCCUGUCAGGCAACCGAGAGGACCAGGAGGACAUUAUGGACUUUGAGCAGGAGGAUGAGCGUGAAGGAGCUGGAGGCUCAGAUUCAGACAUGGAUGAUAAUGUGGGAUGGAGCACGGUUAACCUGGACGAGGAGCAGAAACAGCCCGAUUUUGCCACAGCUUCAACCACCAUUCUGGAUGAAGAGCCCAUUGUUAAUUCUGGCCUUGCUGCUGCUUUGCUGCUGUGCAAAAACAAAGGUCUGUUGGAAACGCAGGUGCAGAAGGUGGCACGAGUCCGUGCUCCGAAAGGAGCUCUGCCUAAUGACAACUACUGUAUUGAAGAUAAGAUGGCCAUUGAUGACAAGUACAGCAGGAGGGAGGAGUACAGGGGUUUCACCCAGGAUUUCAAAGAGAAAGACGGCUAUAAGCCAGAUGUGAAGAUUGAAUAUGUGGACGAGUCUGGACGCAAGCUCACUCCUAAAGAGGCUUUCAGACAGCUAUCCCACCGUUUCCAUGGCAAAGGCUCUGGAAAGAUGAAGACUGAGAAAAGGAUGAAAAAACUGGAGGAAGAGGCGCUGCUGAAGAAGAUGAGCAGCAGUGACACUCCUUUAGGCACGGUGGCUCUGCUGCAGGAGAAGCAGAAGUCGCAAAAAACUCCAUACAUUGUGCUCAGUGGCAGUGGAAAGAGCAUGAACGCGAACACCAUUACCAAAUAGAUGCAUCUGAUUUAAAACCAUCAAUGUACUCCUCUACAGCAGAACAUCUUAGUAAAGAAAACGCCCUUUCAGAAGAUAGACGUCAGUGAAUAUAAUCCGCCAGCCACACAGAAGUGUAUAUAAAGACUUAGACUUAUAUAAAGGCUUAUAAUUGAAUCUCAUGUCUGAAAGGUUCUUUGUAAUUGUCUCUUUUAUUUCUUAAUUAAAACCAUGUGCUUUAAAACAGA